UCCUCUGUUUUUGUAUAUACUUGCAUAUAUAAUAAUAACAGAUUACCAAACUCCAAUAGACUUGUCCAAAAAAACAAAACAAAAAGCUCCUUAAUUCCUUUGUUACCUGUCAAGAAAUGAACUUUUUCUCCAUUACAAUCAUUCAAAUCCUCAUUUUUACCUUAACCCAUCUCUUUGUGAGCUCACAAUCCAUAACCAGAGCUGAUUUCCCAGAUGGGUUUGUCUUUGGAACCGCCUCUUCAGCUUACCAGUUUGAAGGGGCUGUGGAUGAAGGAAAUAAAGGGCCAAGCAUAUGGGAUACCCUCACAAGGCAACCAGCUGGGAGGAUCUUGGAUUUCAGCAAUGCCGACACUGCCGUCGAUAUGUACCAUCGGUUCCAGGAGGAUUUAGACUUGAUGAAGGACUUGGGAAUGGAUGCUUACCGGUUCUCAAUUUCCUGGCCAAGAAUUUUCCCAAAUGGAACUGGAGAACCAAAUCCAGAAGGAAUAGAAUAUUACAACUGUAUCAUUGAUUCUUCACUUGAAAGAGGAAUUCAGCCUUAUGUAACACUAUAUCACUGGGAUCUUCCACAGAUGCUAGAAGAUAGAUAUGAAGGGUGGUUAAGCAAUCAAGUAGUGAAGGACUUUGAACAUUAUGCCUAUACCUGCUUCCAAGCUUUUGGAGACAGAGUGAAGUACUGGAUCACUUUCAAUGAGCCUCGGGGUGUCUCAAUAGAUGGGUACAACUGGGGAAUUCAAGCUCCUGGGAGAUGUUCACUUCUCGCCCAUGUUUAUUGUAAGAAAGGAAAAUCAUCCACUGAACCAUACAUUGUAGCUCACAACAUCCUCUUGGCUCAUGCUGCUGCUUAUCAGACUUACCAGCGCCAUUUCAAGGAUAGUCAAGGAGGACUGAUUGGGAUAGCCCUGGAUGCAAAAUGGUAUGAGCCAAUGUCUGAUUGUGAUGAGGACAAAGAUGCUGCAAGUAGAGCAAUAGAUUUUGGUCUCGGAUGGUUCCUUGAUCCGCUUCUGCUUGGCGAAUAUCCUCUUUCAAUGCAGAAGAACGUCGGUGAGAGACUACCUAAGAUCACUCACAAGUUGUCAAGAUCGUUGGUUGGGUCUUUGGACUACAUAGGCAUAAACCAUUACACCACACUGUAUGCUCGGAACGACAGAACUCGGAUUCGGAAAUUCGUAAUGCAGGAUGCUUCCGCAGAUGCUGCUGUGAUCACUGCCUCUUCCAGGCACGGAGUUCCCAUUGGAGACAAAGUAUUUCCUUGCCUCUUCGCUGCUUCUUCCUGGUUACACAUAGUCCCAUGGGGAAUCCGGAAAUUAAUGAGAUAUGUGAAGCAUAAAUAUGGAAAUCUACCAGUGAUAAUCACUGAAAAUGGUGUGGAUGAUCCAAAUAAGUUUUACAUACCUUUAGACAAGGCUUUAAAAGAUGACAAGAGGAUAAGAUUUCACAGGGACUACCUCUCAAACCUCUCUGCUGCUAUUAGGGAAGACGAGUGCAACGUGCAAGGUUAUUUUGUGUGGUCUUUGCUUGACAACUGGGAAUGGAAUUAUGGCUACACAGUUCGGUUUGGACUAUACUAUGUGGAUUACAAGAACAACCUUACAAGGAUUCCAAAGUCCUCUGUUGAAUGGUUCAAAAGUAUGCUAAGAUUGAAAAGUGAUAUUUGAGCUACUAGUUGUGGAAUCUUCUUCAUUGUGUACCACACGAAGUAAAUGUUGUAUCAUAAAAUGAUUAUUACAAGCAAAAUUCACAAAAUUGAUUGCAAAAGAGUACACACAUUCACAAGUUCAUGUGAUUUUUUUUAUUUAAUGUAUGUAUUACAAAGUGGGUGUAUCAAACCAUUUGUUUAAUGGAAUCAAAGUGUUUGAAGGCUUAAAAUGAGUAA